CACACACUCACUCACACCCCAUCCCUGAUAACCUGCCAGGGAGUUCUUUUGAGACAAAAGAGAAAGUGUCCCAGGCGGGAGGGAGGGGACCCAGGUAGAGUUUAAUCAUUGAGCCAUGUGGGCGGCGCGGAGGAGGCCGGGCGCUGGCCGGCUUCCCGGGGAGGGAGGGAGGCCGGGAGCGGGCAAGAGCUCGGCGGGAGGCAGCGGGCAGGAGCUCGGAGGCCGGGAGCGGGCAGGAGCUCGGAGGGAGGCCGGGAGCGCCGCUGCCGUUGUCGGGAAAGAGCCGGAGCCCGCGGCCGGAGCCGCUCCCGCCCAAGAUGUUCGCCGUUCACCUUCUGGCUUUUUACUUCUCCAAGCUGAAGGAGGAUCAGAUUAAGAAGGUGGACAGGUUUCUGUAUCACAUGCGGCUCUCGGAUGACACCCUGCUGGACCUCAUGACCCGCUUCCAAGGCGAGAUGGAGAAGGGCCUGGGGAGGGACACCCACCCCACCGCCUGUGUGAAAAUGCUGCCCACUUUUGUCAGAUCCAUCCCUGACGGCUCAGAGAAGGGAGAGUUCCUUGCCCUGGACCUCGGCGGCUCCAAGUUCCGCGUCCUGACAGUCCAGGUGUCUGAAGAGGGCAAGCGGAAUGUCCACAUGGAGAGCCAGUUCUACCCGACCCCUAAGGAGAUCAUCCAGGGCAGCAGCUCCCAGCUCUUCGACUAUGUGGCUGACUGUGUGGCCGACUUCAUGAAGACACGCAACAUGACACACAAAAAGCUGCCUCUGGGCCUGACCUUCUCCUUCCCCUGCCAUCAGACCAAGCUGGAAGAGGGAAUCCUGCUCUCCUGGACCAAGAAAUUUAAGGUUCGGGGGGCCCAGGACACAAAUGUGGUGAGCAGCCUGAGCAAAUCUCUCAAGAGACACAAGGACAUAGACGUGGACGUCCUGGCCUUGGUCAAUGACACAGUGGCGACCAUGAUGACCUGCGCCUAUGAUGACCCGUACUGUGAAGUGGGAGUCAUUAUCGGAACCGGUACCAACGCCUGUUACAUGGAGGACAUGAGCAACAUCGACCUGGUGGAAGGGGACGAGGGCAGGAUGUGCAUCAAUACGGAGUGGGGCGCCUUUGGGGAAGAUGGCUCCUUGGAGGACAUCCGGACCGAGUUUGACAGGGAGAUAGACUUGGGCUCCAUCAAUCCAGGGAAACAGCUGUUCGAGAAGAUGAUCAGCGGACUGUACCUCGGGGAGCUGGUCAGACUCAUUCUUCUGAAGAUGACCAAGGCCGGCCUCCUGUUCCGUGGAGAGAAAUCCUCUGUUCUCUUCACCAAGGGCAAGAUUGAGACCCGACAUGUGGCUGCCAUGGAGAAGUACAAGGAGGGGCUCCAGAACACCAGAGAGAUCCUGAGGGAGAUGGGCCUGGAGCCCUCAGAGGAGGACUGUGUGGCGGUCCAGCACGUGUGCACCAUCGUUUCCUUCCGCUCGGCCAAUCUCCUCGCCGCCGCCCUGGCCGCCAUCCUGACGCGCCUGCGGGAAAACAAGAAGCUGACGCGGCUCCGGACCACCGUGGGGAUGGAUGGCACACUCUACAAAACGCACCCUCAGUACCCAAAGCGUCUCCACAAAGUGGUGAGAAAGCUGGUUCCCAACUGCGACGUCCGAUUCCUCCUCUCCGAGAGUGGCAGCGCCAAGGGGGCGGCCAUGGUGACUGCCGUGGCCGCUCGAUUACAGGCCCAGCGGAAGCUGAUCGACGAGGUGCUGUCCCAGUUCCAGCUGACCAGGGAGCACCUGGUGAGUGUGAAGAGCAAGAUGAGGGCCGAGAUGGACUACGGGCUGAAGAAGGCGACCCAGCCUCUGGCCACGGUGAAGAUGCUGCCCACCUAUGUCUGCGCCAUGCCCGAUGGGACAGAGAAGGGCAAAUACCUGGCGCUGGACCUCGGGGGGACCAACUUCCGGGUCCUCCUGGUGAAGAUCCGCAGCGGGCGGAGGUCCGUGAGGAUGUACAACAAGAUCUUCGCCAUCCCGCUGGAGAUCAUGCAGGGCACCGGGGAAGAGCUGUUUGACCACAUCGUCCACUGCAUUGCCGACUUCCUGGAUUACAUGGGCAUCAAGGGGGCCAGCAGCCUGCCCCUGGGCUUCACCUUCUCCUUCCCCUGCAAGCAGACCGGCCUCGACAAGGGGAUACUCGUGGAGUGGACCAAAGGAUUCAAAGCCACAGACUGUGAAGGGGAAGAUGUGGUGGAAAUGCUCAGGGAGGCCAUUAAGAGGAGAAAUGAAUUUGAGCUGGAUAUUGUUGCUGUUGUCAAUGACACGGUGGGAACCAUGAUGACUUGUGGCUAUGAAGACCCUGACUGUGAAAUCGGGCUCAUCGCAGGAACCGGCAGCAACGUGUGCUACAUGGAAGAGAUGGGCAACAUCGAGCUCGUAGACGGGGACGAGGGCAAGAUGUGCAUCAACACCGAGUGGGGCGGCUUCGGGGACAACGGCUGCCUGGACGAGAUCAGGACCCAGUACGACGUGGAAGUGGACGAAGGCUCCCUAAACCCUGGCAAGCAGAGGUACGAGAAGAUGACCAGCGGCAUGUACCUGGGGGAGAUCGUGAGGCAGAUUUUAAUCGACCUAACCAAGCACGGACUUCUGUUUCGAGGGCAGAUUUCAGAGCGACUCAGGACCAGAGGAAUAUUUGAAACCAAGUUCUUGUCCCAGAUCGAAAGUGACAGGCUGGCCCUCCUCCAGGUCCGGAGAAUCCUGCAGCAGCUGGGCCUGGACAGCACCUGCGACGACAGCAUUGUGGUCAAGGAGGUGUGCGGGGCUGUCUCACGGCGAGCGGCCCAGCUCUGCGGGGCCGGCUUGGCAGCCAUUGUGGAGAAGAGACGCGAAGACCGCAAGGUGGAGCGCCUGAAAAUCACCGUGGGCGUGGACGGGACGCUCUACAAACUGCACCCCCACUUUUCUCGGAUCUUGCGGGAAACUGUGAAGGAUCUGGCCCCUCAGUGCGAUGUGACCUUCAUGCUGUCCGAAGACGGGAGCGGAAAGGGGGCCGCCCUGAUCACAGCCGUGGCCAAGAGAUUGCAGCUGAGGAAGGACAACUGAGGAACAGCUCGGGGUCAGCUGCGACAGUGGCUGAGGUUCUUUGCCAACCUCCUUCCCUUGGGAAAGAAGUUGAGUAAAGACCAACAGUCCGAGCUGCUCUUUGGGGACAAUAGAACGAGCUUCGGGGGGGGGCGACGGGCCUUGGUCUUUUCAUGGCACAAAGAGAAAUCUUGCGGGUUACAAGGGAG